GGAGCAGCGAGACGUCUUCAGAGACCUCGGAGGACUCGGACAGCAGCCCUGCCUGCCCGCAGGUACGGCCAACUUGCUCAGAAGAAAACCUCAAUUACACGUCCCUGGUCUUCCCGGGGAAAGGCCGCAGGCCGGGCUCCACCGGGGACUACGAGAACAUGAAGGCUCGAGCGGACUAUGUCAACGUGGACCCGAAGAAGAGGAAAGUGGAUUUCUGGCCCUGCUCCAGCCCCGUGGCAUCCAAGACCAUCGAGUACACCGAGAUGAAGCUGUGA